AUGCAGGCCUCCCAGGCGUAUUUCCACCUCCCGAGCUGCUGUAGAAUCAGCAAAACUUCUGCCUCAGGUCCGGCUGCUGCUGCUGUUUCUGCUGCUGCUGCUGCUUCUUCUUCUGAGGGCAUGAAGACAGCACCGUGUGGCUGCAGUCGCGUGGCUAUCUUCGACCUGGACGGCACCCUCAUCACCACCCGCAGCGGCAAGAAGUUUCCCGUUGAUGCCAACGACUGGAAACUGCUAUUUGAACACCAAAUUCGCGCCCAGCUGCGUCGCCUGCACGAUAGCGGCUAUUCAAUCUUCAUAUUGUCGAAUCAGUUGGGCGUUACCCUCGGCCAUGUUUCUCUGGCGGAGAUGACAGCGAAAGUUGACGCAUUGCUGCGCCACCUGCAGGUGCCACUCACAGCCUGUCUUUGUUGCUGCGACGACAUGUACAGGAAGCCGCGACCAGCAUCUGCUGCUUUCAUCUUCAAGGAUUUGCUGCCGCUGCUGCAGCAGCACCAACAGCAGCACCACCACCAGCAGAAAGACGCAGAGGGGCCUGCCUCCUCAGGUAAGGGUGACGCUGCUGCUGCUUCCAUGGCAGCUGGCCCCUCGUCGGGGUGUACAUACCCUCGGGUUUUCUUCGUGGGCGACUCUGCGGGUCGGCCUGGCGACCACAGCGCGGCAGAUUUGAAGUUUGCGUUGAACGUUGGGAUGCAUUUUUACACCCCAGAGGAAUUCUUCUUAGGCAAAGCGACGCCGCAUUUGCCGCUUUUGAAGCGCAGACUGCACGGGGCGACAGAGGGUAAGCGAGAAGAGGCGAAAACGGGGGAAACGGGGCAGCAGUUGUUGAUUGCAACAGACAGAAAACGUAAAAACGUCAAAGAGAAAGCAGGCGAAGCCACAGCUAUCGUCUUUGAUCCAAUUGAACUGCUGGGAAACAACACACAGACGGCAGACUUCAUGCAGCAACGGCACGGCACUCCAGCCCCGGCGAAAGGAGAAGACGACACAGCAAGUGAGGGGGGAAAGCGCCAUCAGCAUCAGCAGCAGCAACAGCAACAGCAACAGAAACAGGAACAACAACAGCAGCAGCAGCAAGAGAGCCCGCAGGAGCUGGUCAUCCUCAUAGGGGCCCCGGGGAGCGGUAAGAGCACUCUGGUUGAACGCCUGUUCCCGCAUCAUGCGGUGGUGCGGCAGGACGACCUGAAGGUGAAGGCCAAGUGCGUGGAGGUCUGCGAACGGCUUCUUCGUGAGGGGAGAAGUGUUGUGAUAGACAGACAAAACACCACCAAAGAAGACCGACAGAUAUUCAUUGAGCUCGCUAAGCAACACGGGAAGAACUGCAAGGUACGGGGCAUCGCCCUGCUGUGGCCCAAAGAGGUGUGCCUGCACUUAGGCCUUUUCAGAAGCCUAGCAGCAGCCAUAAGGAACAACAACAGCAACGGCAGCAGCAGCACCAGCAGCAACAGCAGCAGCAACAAAAGCAGCAGUAGCAACAAUAGCGGCAGCAGCAAGAGGAGAGCGGCAAGCGAGGCAAGCGCGUCGUCUGACUCGCGGUAUCGUUCUGUCAAAGUCCCAAAAGUUGUAAUAAAUACUUUUUAUGCAAAUGUGGAACACCCGACAGAAGAAGAAGGAUUCCAUCACGUGGAAAUACACAAAGAUCUGAACACAGACUUUCAGCUGUAUGAUGACUUCCGUUCUGAAGAAGAAAAACACAUUUUUGGCUCCUUUUUAGAUUAA